GAGGUGGUGGGGUGCUCAUGGCUGCCCUAUGGGGCCUGGGCUGGCUGGGUGUGAGCCUCACCCUGUUGGCCCUCGCCCCAGCAUGCCAGAGCUGCCCGCCACGCUGUGACUGUGUGGCUCAGCUCCGCUCUGUGUCCUGCCAGCGAAAGCGUCUGUCAGGUGUACCUGAGGGCAUCCCUACAGAGACCCGGCUGCUGGACCUCAGUCGGAACCGGCUACGCUGGGUGUCACCAGGAGAUCUGGCACCAUAUCCACGGCUGGAAGAAGUGGACCUCAGUGAGAACCUCAUCUCUACACUGGAGCCCAAUGCCUUCGCCAGUCUGCAGGCACUGCGAACACUGCAUCUUCGUGGAAACCAGCUAAAGCUGGUGCCUAUGGGCGCCUUUGCUCGCUUGUCAAAUCUCACUACCCUGGACUUGAGUGAAAACAAGAUUGUCAUUCUGUUGGAUUAUACUUUUCAGGACUUGCACAGUCUCAAACACCUUGAGGUUGGUGACAAUGACUUGGUAUACAUCUCCCAUAAAGCUUUCUCAGGAUUGCUGGGUCUGGAAGAUUUAACUAUAGAAAGAUGCAACCUGACUUCAAUCUCCGGCCAAACCCUAUCCUACCUGCGCAACCUGGUAACCCUUCGAUUACGCCACCUCAGCAUCUCUACCAUUGAAGACCAGAACUUCCGCAAGAUGUCCGCUUUGCGAGGACUAGAGAUAGACAGUUGGCCAUACCUGGAAUACAUCUCCCCCCUUAGUUUCCAGGGUCUAAACUUGACCUGGCUGUCCAUUACUUACACCAACAUUACUGCAGUCCCUUCUGCUUCUUUCCGCAACCUUGUUUACCUGACGUCCCUUAACCUCUCCUACAACCCCAUAUCUGUGCUGGAACCCUGGGCAUUCAAGGAUCUUAUAAGGCUGAAAGAGCUACACAUGGUCAGCACUAACCUGCAAGCUGUGGAACCUCAUGCUCUGGGUGGUCUGAGGCAGAUUCGGGUGCUGAACCUCUCCAACAAUGAGCUGGUCACACUGACAGAGAGCUCCUUUCAUUCCGUCAACAGCCUUGAAACUUUACGAGUAGACGGAAAUCCACUUUCUUGCGACUGCCGGCUUCUCUGGAUUCUGCAACGCAGACGCACUCUGAACUUUGAUGGGAAAAUGCCGAUAUGUGCUGCUCCACCUGAGGUACAGGGUAAUAUUCUGAGCAGCUUUCCGGAUUCUGCAUUAUUUGACUACUUCACUUGCCAGAAGCCAAAGAUUCGCAAUCGGAAGCUUCAGCAAGUGACAGUGCGUGAGGGUCAGUUGGUGUCCUUUCUGUGUCGUGCUGAUGGUGAACCAGUGCCUGCCAUCAUCUGGAUCUCACCACAGCGGCGAAAGAUCACCUCAAAAAGCAGCAGCAGGAUCACUGUCUUACCAAGUGGAACGUUGGAGAUCCGAUACGCCCAGGUGACUGACAGUGGCACAUAUAUCUGCAUUGCCAGUAAUGCAGGUGGUAACGACACCUACUUUGCCACACUGACGGUGAAAGGGCAGCCGGUGGACCCCGCUCUGUUCGCCAACCGUUCUCUGUACGCGGUGGACUUUAAUGACACUGGUCUGAACAACACACGUGUCUUCCUUAAGUUCACACUUGACCUCACCACAAUCCUGGUGUCAACAGCCAUGGGCUGCAUCACCUUCCUGGGUGUAGUACUCUUCUGUUUCCUGCUGUUGUUCGUGUGGAGCCGCGGAAGGGGCCAACGCAAGAACAACUUCACAGUAGAGUACUCAUUCAGGAAGACCGAAGGGCCCACUACUAGUUCCACUUCUGGAGGGACCCGCAAGUUCAACAUGAAAAUGAUAUGAAACAACGCAGCCAGGGGCCACCUGGGGGAGGCAUAAACACCCAACAUAAACACACAGCUCUGACUCGCAGUAAUAUCAGAUGUUUUAGGGACUGUCAUGAA